AAAGGUGAUAGGCGCUGGACCUGCAGAGCUAGGUGGCACACCAUGAGGCUACUCAUCUUCCUGGGUCUGCUGUGGAGUUUGGUGGCCACACUUCUGGGUUCAAAGUGGCCUGAACCUGUAUUCGGGCGCCUGGUGUCCCCUGGCUUCCCAGAGAAGUAUGCUGACCAUCAAGAUCGAUCCUGGACACUGACUGCACCCCCUGGCUACCGCCUGCGCCUCUACUUCACCCACUUUGACCUGGAACUCUCUUACCGCUGCGAGUAUGACUUUGUCAAGUUGAGCUCAGGGACCAAGGUGCUGGCCACACUGUGUGGGCAGGAGAGUACAGACACUGAGCAGGCACCUGGCAAUGACACCUUCUACUCACUGGGUCCCAGCCUAAAGGUCACCUUCCACUCCGACUACUCCAAUGAGAAGCCGUUCACAGGGUUUGAGGCCUUCUAUGCAGCGGAGGAUGUGGAUGAAUGCAGAGUGUCUCUGGGAGACUCAGUCCCUUGUGACCAUUAUUGCCACAACUACUUGGGCGGCUACUAUUGCUCCUGCAGAGCGGGCUACGUUCUCCACCAGAACAAGCACACGUGCUCAGCCCUUUGUUCAGGCCAGGUGUUCACAGGAAGAUCUGGGUAUCUCAGUAGCCCUGAGUACCCACAGCCAUACCCCAAGCUCUCCAGCUGCACCUACAGCAUCCGCCUGGAGGACGGCUUCAGUGUCAUCCUGGACUUCGUGGAGUCCUUCGAUGUGGAGACGCACCCUGAAGCCCAGUGCCCCUAUGACUCCCUCAAGAUUCAAACAGACAAGGGGGAACACGGCCCAUUUUGUGGGAAGACGCUGCCUCCCAGGAUUGAAACUGACAGCCACAAGGUGACCAUCACCUUUGCCACUGACGAGUCGGGGAACCACACAGGCUGGAAGAUACACUACACAAGCACAGCACGGCCCUGCCCUGAUCCAACGGCGCCACCUAAUGGCAGCAUUUCACCUGUGCAAGCCAUAUAUGUCCUGAAGGACAGGUUUUCUGUCUUCUGCAAGACAGGCUUCGAGCUUCUGCAAGGUUCUGUCCCCCUGAAAUCAUUCACUGCUGUCUGUCAGAAAGAUGGAUCUUGGGACCGGCCGAUGCCAGAGUGCAGCAUUAUUGAUUGUGGCCCUCCUGAUGACCUACCCAAUGGCCAUGUGGACUAUAUCACAGGCCCUGAAGUGACUACCUACAAAGCUGUGAUUCAGUACAGCUGUGAAGAGACUUUCUACACAAUGAGCAGCAAUGGUAAAUAUGUGUGUGAGGCUGAUGGAUUCUGGACGAGCUCCAAAGGAGAAAAACUCCCCCCGGUUUGUGAGCCUGUUUGUGGGCUGUCCACACACACUAUAGGAGGACGCAUAGUUGGAGGGCAGCCUGCAAAGCCUGGUGACUUUCCUUGGCAAGUCUUGUUGCUGGGUCAAACUACAGCAGCAGCAGGUGCACUUAUACAUGACAAUUGGGUCCUAACAGCCGCUCAUGCUGUAUAUGAGAAAAGAAUGGCAGCGUCCUCCCUGAACAUCCGAAUGGGCAUCCUCAAAAGGCUCUCACCUCAUUACACUCAAGCCUGGCCCGAGGAAAUCUUUAUACAUGAAGGCUACACUCACGGUGCUGGUUUUGACAAUGAUAUAGCAUUGAUUAAACUCAAGAACAAAGUCACAAUCAACGGAAGCAUCAUGCCUGUUUGCCUACCGCGAAAAGAAGCUGCAUCCUUAAUGAGAACAGACUUCACUGGAACUGUGGCUGGCUGGGGGUUAACCCAGAAGGGGCUUCUUGCUAGAAACCUAAUGUUUGUGGACAUACCAAUUGCUGACCACCAAAAAUGUACCGCCGUGUAUGAAAAGCUCUAUCCAGGAGUAAGAGUAAGCGCUAACAUGCUCUGUGCUGGCUUAGAGACUGGUGGCAAGGACAGCUGCAGAGGUGACAGUGGGGGGGCAUUAGUGUUUCUAGAUAAUGAGACACAGCGAUGGUUUGUGGGAGGAAUAGUUUCCUGGGGUUCCAUUAAUUGUGGGGCGGCAGACCAGUAUGGGGUCUACACAAAAGUCAUCAACUAUAUUCCCUGGAUUGAGAACAUAAUAAGUAAUUUCUAAUUUGCAUCGUCCAAUCAUUGUUCCUCAUAUCGCCAAGUACCUGGGAAGCUUAGUAACAAACCUAAGAAUGACAGCCUACCCCAAAAUCAGAGCAGGUGAGAUUGUUACAGGUCCAAACACUUGCCAAUAUCAGCUUUGAUUUGUGUUUAACAGUGCUUGGCCAACCCCCAACACAGAAAAAACAAGUUGUAUUUGAUUCCCUACAAUCUACUUAUUUUAUACUGGCUGUUUCCAUUUCUGGCCAACAAAGGGCUUGUUGUGUCUAGUGUGUAGAUUUGGUCUUAAUGAGCUCAGAAAGUGCUCUUACUUUCUGAGUAACUUCUGAGUGGUUCCAGAAUACCUUUUGGAAGGUAAGCGGAAAGCAGGUGUGUGACCUUCACAUUAGAUCAGCUAUUAAAUUAACACCAAGUCCAUUCCAGAAUAUUGGGAUAUAGGCAUGUUCUACCAGAUUCACCAAAUUGUCAGAUAAAAAGAACACGAAACAGCAUUUUACCCUUUACAAGGGCAAUUUAGCAAAUCAUUCCAAAAACCUUAACAGGUGUUUCACUAUACCCAGCCCACUUUUCUUAGGUGAGCGUUGGGCUCAGGGAAGUCAACCGUAACUGUACAAGGUACAGUCAUUUGCUUAUGUAUCAAAAACAGUAAGUUAUCCUGAAAUAAACUGCUCUUCUGCUAAGAUGCUGACCUUAAAGGUCAUGUUUGAUUUUAACUGGCUCUUCCAACAAGGCAAGACAGGGUGCCUCAAGAUGGGGAAAUAGCUGGCCUACAACUCAUUUACACCAAUUCUGGGAUUAAAAGCAUGGGCCACCACACCCACCUGGAGACUCAAAUUUUAAAGGAUGAAAAUGCUAUAUUGCAUCUUCCCACAUAAGUCACCUUAACUUUUCUAGCAUUGUCAUGAUAUAGAAUUUUUUUUUCUUCCAGUAAGACUCCAGACACUAAACUGUUGGUGGCAAGAAAA